UAGUUAUGUUGCUAGUCUCUAUAGGACGCACUUCCUGUCCUACUCAGCUGAUAAUUUUAGGAAUCGAAUAUGCUGUCUGGAAGGAUUUCACAAUUUGCAAGGAAUUUCAUUACUUCAGCCUCCAGGAGAAGUGAACAUGACCAUGGGGGAAUUCCAGGAAAGAACAUCCCAUUUGACAUCUCAAACCGCUACAAACUAACAGUUCUUUUCAUAGCAUUCUUUGGGAGUGGAGUCGGUGCACCAUUUAUGAUACUGAGGCAUCAGCUGUUGAAAAAGUGAAAUAUUGUACUUAUGUUGGUGAAACUGUAGAAAACGUUAGUAAAGGACAUCGGAUGUGGUCUGGUUGCAUAUGAGAUGAGAAUUUUCUUGUAUCACACAUGUUGUGAGAAUAGUAUGCAAGUGUAGUUACUCCUCACAUGUUUAUUAUUUAACAGACAAAUGGAAAUAAAUUUGUACAGUACAUAAUCUGA